AUGAAGUUCUUGCCGCUUCUCCUGCUGGCGGUUCUCCCGAGCCUCGCCCUCGGCUACGGAAUCGGACGCCGCGACCCCCAGGACAAGGUUGAGCUGCUGCAGGAAAUCGAACAAGUUUCACAGCUUCACCAACAGGAAGAGGAAACACAGGAAGUUUCAACAGCUUCACCAACAACAAGUUUCACAGCUUCACCAACAGGAAGAAGAAACACAGGAAGUUUCACAACAUCAUCAAGUUUCACAGCUUCACCAACAGGAAGAGGAAACACAGCAAGUUUCACAGCUUCACAAACAAGAAAAAGAAAACACCAGAAGUUUCACAGCUUCACCAACAAGAAGAAACACAAGAAGUUUCACAGCAUCGCCAGCAGGAAGAGGAAACACAGGAAGUUUCGCAGCUUCACCAACAACAAGUUUCACAGCUUCACCAGCAGGAGGAAGAAACACAGGAUUUCACAGCUUCACAAACAGGUAGAAGAAACACAGCAAGUUUCACAGCAUCACCAGCAGGAAGAGGAAACACAGGAACAACAGCAAGUUUCACAGCAUCACCAGCAGGAAGAAGAAACACAGCAAGUUUCACAGCAUCACCAGCAGGUAGAAGAAACACAGCAAGUUUCACAGCAUCACCAGCAGGAAGAGGAAACACAGGAAGUUUCACAGCUUCACCAACAAGUUUCACAGCAUCACCAACAAGUAGAAGAAACACAGCAAGUUUCACAGUAUCACCAGCAGGAAGAGGAAACACAGGAAGUUUCUCAGCUUCACCAGCAGGUAGAAGAAACACAGCAAGUUUCACAGCUUCACCAACAAGUUUCACAGCACAAUCAACAGAACAAGGAAACACAGCAGGUUUCACAGAAUCACCAACAGGUAGAAGAAACACAGCAGGUUUCACAGCAUCACCAACAAGUUUCACAGCUUCACCAACAGGAGGAGGAAACACAACCGAUUUCGCAGGAGAAGGAGAGCACAAAUACGGAUUCACAGCUUCACCAACAAGGACAGGAAACAGCACAAGCGUCACAGCACCAGGGAGGCGAAGAGGAAAAACAGCAAAAUGAUUCGACUGGUGAAACAGAACAGAUCUCGCAGCAUCACCAACAGCAAGGGGAGAUGGGACAGGUUUCACAGCAUCACACGGAGCACGUCUACCCAGCUGAGUCCAGGAAAGAGACGUGCCCACCCCUGCCCACCGUGACAAUUUCCGUCCCGACUUACAUCACCACGACGGCCACCGGUCACCACACGCUCCUCUCGACUGUCCUGGAACCCACUUACGUCACGGAGACCGAAUAUGCCACGGAGACCUCGACUCUCCAUCGCACCGAGACCGUCACGGACCUGCAGGAAGUCACAGAGACAGAAACAGAAUUCGUUCCCCAACACGUCACGACCACAGAGCGAGUGACGACCACAGAACUUCAGACAAAAUACGUGACGUUCACAGUGGAGAUGGAAGAUUACGUCACCGUCACGAAGGAUUGCCACAGCGCUGUCAAAGGUUAUGGGAAGUGAGGCUCGUCUGCCUGCCAGAUGCAAGACAAGUUAUUUUCACACCUUUUCACAUGCUUACAAAAACAUGUUUUUUUUUUCUUCUUUUCGUUUCCCGUUUUUUUCUGUAAAUUCUAAACUUAUUAAAAGACGCUCAUGUCCGUCUACCUCGCAUGCACGUACACACACAUAUAUGCAUAUAUAUAUUAACAAACGCAUACGUACAUACACGCGGGAGAAAACGAACACCACACACACA